CUGAUAAAGUUUGCUUUAAACUAAAUUCUUUUAUGUGGUUUCUCAUUCUUGUCAGACCCAUAAUUCCUCAAUAAAAGACCUCCUUCACCACCAAAAUGGAUGCCCCCUCUGAACAUGCUGCCAUGGAGCUGGACUUCGGCCAUUUUGAUGAGCGGGACAAGGCAUCUCGUACCCUGCGAGGUGGACGGGCCAACGGUCUCCCCAGCCCCACCCACAGUGCUCACUGCAGUUUUUACCGUACACGCACCCUACAGGCUCUGACCAGCGAGAAAAAGGCUAAGAAGGUGCGAUUCUACCGCAAUGGCGACCGCUACUUCAAGGGCAUCGUGUAUGCAGUGGCCAAUGACCGUUUCCGCACAUUUGAUGCUCUACUGGCUGACUUAACCCGCUCUCUGUCUGACCAUAUCAAUCUGCCACAAGGGGUCAGAUACAUCUUUACCAUCGACGGAUCACAGAAGAUUAGCAGUCUGGAUGAGCUAGAGGAAGGUGAGAGCUAUGUUUGUGCCUCUGAGAACUUGUACAAGAAAGUGGACUACACCAAAAAUGUGAACCCCAACUGGUCAGUCAAUGUGAAAGCAUCAGCUAGCCAGAAGAACAUGCUGGCCAACCGCACAGCCGGUGAGCUGAAGGAGAACAAGGACUUUGUGCGACCGAAGCUGGUGACAGUGAUGAGGAGCGGGGUGAAGCCGCGGAAGGCAGUCCGUGUGCUACUCAAUAAGAAGACGGCACACUCUUUUGAGCAGGUGCUCACUGACAUCACAGAGGCCAUUAAACUCGAAAGUGGAGCAGUGAAAAGGAUCUACACACUGGAUGGCAAACAGGUCACUUGCUUGCAAGAUUUCUUUGGUGACGACGAUGUUUUCAUUGCCUGUGGACCAGAAAAAUUUCGCUAUGCACAGGAUGACUUCUCCCUGGAUGAAAAUGAGUGUCGGGUGAUGAAGACCCCCAAAGGACAGAGGGGCUCUACUAAGAGCCCCGGUCCCGUGCGACGCAGCAAGUCUCCGGCUGAUUCCACUAAUGGAACAGGCUCCAGUAGUCAGCUCUCUACUCCCAUCUCUAAGCAGUCUCCCAUCUCGACUCCGACUAGCCCCGGCAACACUCGCAAACAGAAGGAUUUAUUCUUGCCUCUGUCUCUGGAAGAUGAUGAUUCACAGGGGGAGUCCAUGUAGACUCUUUCCACUUUCCGUAUGUCAAUCAACAUGCCAAUCACAGAGGUAUCUCUGGUGCUAUCUGUCUUGAAAACAUCAACAUCACCGCCCUUGUGACCAGGGUGAAUGCACGCAUCACCUCUGCUGCCCCGUGGCCAUCAGGCUUUAGACCUUGAGGCUUUGCAGCGAUGGUCAGUGUACUAUUUGCUGCUUGAGAAUUUGUUUUAUCCAUUUUCUGUGUUUUGAUAAUAGAUUUGUAGUGACUGAUGAAAAAUAGUAUAUGCGGGGCAUAUGCUGCAGUUUGUAUUAUAACAACAAACGCCUAAAUUUGUACACAUGGUCUGCUGUUGAAAUUCAUUUUAUAUAUAUGAGAAAUUUGAGAAACGUUAAUGUAAACACACAGCAAGUUGGUUUAGCUCUUUAUACAUCCAACCAUAAUUUUUUUUAAACCAAUAAUUUUGACUUUUUCAUAUUACCUUUUUUAAAAGCUUGGUCUUAUGAAUUCCAAGCAGCAAAUAGUCAUUUUUAGAACAGUGUGAUAGUCUGACUUGUACAAAAAUGACAAAAAAAAAAAAAAAAAAACUUGUUGCACCAUUAACAAUUUGUAUUAUUCUCUUUGUGUAACCUCUUUUCUCUUUCUUGAACCUCUGUUCUCUUUCUUGCUCUCUCUCUCUCUGUGCAAUGGUUUAGUGUGUUUUAAAGCCAUUAAGGUUGAAAUAGCGCCCACAGAAACAUCCAUAUCUCCAUAUCACUGUAAAUAAUGUGUACAGCCUACUCUAAGACACCAACAUUUAUGUUUUUACAUUGUUGCAAUGUCUUUAAAACAUAGACAUAAUGUUAAAUGUCCAUGGCUCUGCAGGUAAUCAUUGCAAAUUGAGAGGAGAGGCCAAAAGCCAUAUAAUAAGGUCCUUUUAGUUUAAAAAACAAUCCGGUAACACUUUAACUUAAGGACCAAUUCUCACUAUUAACUAGCAUGCAUAUUACUAGCAC